AUGUUCACACGUAUAUCAUUGCAAAGACAAGUACCACGGUUGGCAUUCAAUAACUACCGCUUAUUGAAUACGUCGUCCGCCUCAAAAUUACCUCUGUUAAACGUCAACCUGGCGCCAAAAACUCAUAACCCGAAUUCUAUCUCAUUCACUUCUUCAGAUUCUUCUCAGCUGCAUCCGCAACCACAGUUACAAUCAUCUUCAAAAAAGUGGUCGAGACACGUUAUUAAAUCUAGUCAGGAAUUAAAUGAUGAGCUAGAUCAACAAGCAAAGGAGGAGGAUACAAAGAAACUAGCGCAUCCUACGACAGGCAAGAAAACUAGAAAGAGAAGGACGUUGAAACCUUUAAAAGCUCCAAUUACAUUGACUGAAAAUGCCAAGGUUCAUUUACGUGCUUUAAACGAUGGUCCUGAACCUAAAUUGAUUAGAAUAUCCGUCAAAAAUAGAGGAUGUUCUGGUUUAACCUACCACCUAGAAUACAUUGACAAACCAGAUAAAUUCGAUGAAAUAGUUGAACAAGAUGGUAUCAAAGUAGUGAUUGAUUCUAAGGCUUUAUUCAGUAUAAUAGGUUCAGAAAUGGAUUGGGUUGACAAUAAGUUGAGUUCUAAAUUUGUUUUCAAGAAUCCAAAUUCGAAAGGGACAUGUGGUUGCGGUGAAUCUUUUAUGGUAUGA